AUGAGUUUCAAAGAUUUAAUCUUGGAAAUUGGUCCAGAAAACUUAUUGCCAGAGAAAUUGUUACCAAAUUUGCUCACCAUCAAGCAAAAGGAGAUUGAUUCCAGUUUAGCAUUAAUUUUAGCUGAAGUAUUGAUCCCCGGUUCUCAAGGUUUAGGUGGUAUCACUGCCUUAACAUUUGUAAACAACUUACCAGAAGCAUCCGCCAAGGGCGCCCAAUUAGGUGCAGCUUUGAAAACGGUGGAGAAUCAAAUCAAAUCCAUUAAUUGGUAUCAGGUUUUUGCUCAUGUCCAUGAAAAUUUGUUCGAAUCUUCGAAGAGAGGUGUCCAGCCUUCAAUUGCAAGUAUAACUCAGUUUUUCACUUCUUUGGAUUUUAUCAAGUUUGGUAUCAUUGAUAUCUUCUUGAGCUACGAAUGGUGGUUCAACAAGACUUUAUUGUACAUUCUUCAUAGCUUGGACCCACAACAAGGUGGAUACGACAUCAGUAAAAGUAAGAAUAUAUCCAAGGUUUUUGAAGAUGAUCUUGAUGAAGAUGUUUCCGGCUCUGGAUUUUCUGCCGUUGGAGGUGUAGAUAGCAAAAGGAAUAUCCUUAAGUUUUUAAAUGUCGGUAAACUUGAACUCCAAGUUCUUACGAACAUUUCUAAGCAGGGUCAAUUGCAAUUGUCUGAACAGGAAAGAAAGUUAAACAUUUAUCUCAGCCAAGUCUUUGAACAUGACUAUAGAGUGUACCCUGAAUAUCUUUUAGUUGCUGCCGUGUCGAUGGUAGAAAAGAUUCCAUUUAUUUUGGAUUUGAUUGACACUCUAUUCACUUUAUUACUAGAUAGUGGAAAUUUUUUGGUAUUAAAGAAAUUGAUCAAGAAGUUUAAGGAAUUAGACCUGGUUACACUUGUCAAUAAAUUAAUUGACUACUAUACUAAAAGACCAACCAACGAAUCCAUCAGUAAGAUUAUCAAAUUAGCAGGCGAUGGAGAAGAGAAUGGUGGUACUAAUUCAAUUGUUAAGGAAAUCAUCGAAAAAAUGUGGUCUCUAAAUUUCAAACUUGGCCUCACUUUUACAAUUGAAUUAACUUCUUUUGAUACAACCUUUGAAUUUAAGAAGCAGUUGGACAAAAAGUUUGCAGAAGACAAACAAAAUUUUUGUCAAUCUCUUCUUGAAAUAUUAGAAGCCAAAUCUACGCAGGAUUAUGAAAGAGCUCAACAACAAUUGAUGAAUGACGAUUUUAAUAAAGUUUUAAGAAUUCCAGUUGUUUAUUACCUUUUGGAUAAAUUAAAGGCAAAUGGGGGAAUUAUUGAUGCAGAUAGAUUUAAAAACUUGCAAUUGCUGCUUUUAACUACUUACCCAAGACUCAUUAAUUUUGGAAGUGGUCACGACGAAGCUAUUCUUUCUGCUGCAAUUGGAGGAGAGAAUUUCUUCAGUAGUGAUGUUGAACAAGAAAUGAAAAGUUACUAUUCCAAAAUGUACAACAAGGAAAUGGAGAUUAAAGAUAUUGUUGACAUGUUGACUAGAAUGAAGAUAAGUAACGUUCCACAUGAUCAAGAUGUAUUUGCAUGUAUGAUUCACCUGCUUUUAGAUGAAUACAGAUUUUUUGCAGAAUAUCCAUUGACUGCCUUGGCUCUGACUAGUUUAUUAUUUGGUGCACUUUUACAAAAGGAUUUGAUUCAAGGAACUACGUUAACGGUUGCUUUGAAUUUCAUUUGGGAAUCUUGUAACCAACCUCAAGAUAGUCACUUAUUCAAGUUUGCUGUUCAAAGUUUAUACAACUUCAAAAGUAGAUUGCAUGAAUAUCCAAUCUAUUGUAAACAUUUAUUAGAAUGCCAAAGUUUAAGCGGCCAUGCUAAGAUGUACCAGAUUGUUAAGGAUGCAGCAAAUGGAAUAGCCUGUCCCGACACUGCUCCAUCGGCUGCAAGUGGCUCCAGUACGGCAGGACAAGCUUCUAACUCAGCAGCAACUUCAGGAAAUGCAGAAGUUGAAGGAGGCGAAAUUUAUCAUUCUAUCACCAUCUUGGAAAAACCAAUAGUGGGCCCAAAUCAAGAAAAACCUGUUGAUUCAGUAUCAGAUAAACUUCUCUUUUAUGUCAAUAAUAUGACUGAAGAUAAUCUUCAUUCGAAAAUCCCUGAAAUUAAAUCACUCCUUUCAGAAAAUUACUAUCUUUGGUUUUCAAAUUACAUCGUUAGCGAUAGAGCUAAACUGGAACCAAACAAUCAUGGUCUUUAUGCUGAUCUUGUCGAUGGAUUGGAAGACCCAAAUUUCAACGAAUAUAUUCUCAAUGUUUCCUUAAAGGAAGUUGAUCAUUUAAUCCGUUACUUCAAAGACUCUACUAGUGAGCGUAAUCUGUUGAAGAAUUUGGGUUCUUGGUUAGGUAAAAUUACUUUAGCCAAAGAUAGGCCAUUGAGAAGAAAUCAAAUUGCUUUGAAAUUUCUUCUUGUGGAAUCUUUUGAUCGCAAGACGUUAAAUUACAUUAUUCCAUUUGUUUGCAAAAUUUUAGAUCAAGCUCAAUACUCUAAAAUUUUCAAACCACCCAAUCCUUGGGUAUUGGGAGUUAUGAAGGUGCUUUCUGAAUUAUAUGAGUGUGCCGAUUUGAAAUUGAAUUUGAAGUUUGAAAUCGAAGUUUUAUGUAAUACUUUCCACUUGAAAAUAAAGGAUAUUGAACCUUCUACGUUAAUCAGACUGCACAAUCCUAAACCUGAAGCUUUGGCUGCAAUGUUUGGUGUUCAUACUGAGGUCGUUGGCUUGACCAAUGAUAUGAGUAGACUUGCUGUCGAACAGCAACAGCAACAAAUUCAACAGCAACACUUGCAACAACUUCCACAUCACCUCCAACAACAACAUCAACAACAGCAAUUACUUCACCAGCAAAGAUUGCAAUUACAACAACUUCAAUUACAGCAACAGCAACAACAGGCUAUACUCCAGCAACAACAACAGCAACAACAGCAGCAACUCAACCAAAAGUCACAGCAACAACCCCAAGAUUCUCCUCUUGAUACUUCGUUCUCGACUUUAAUUGGUAAUACUAUUUUCACGCAAAAUCCUAACCUUAGGAGAGCAUUCCAAGCUUCAUUGUCCAGAGCAGUUCGUGAAUGUGCUGUGCCAAUCUUAAGCAGAGUUUCAGAAGCAGUUCUUACUACCACGGAAGCUAUGAUUAGAAAAGAUUUUGCCUGUGAAGCUGAUACAUUGAAGUUUCGUAAAUCUUACCAAAGCUUAGCUCAACAAUUGACCCAUAGUAUGGUAAUCUGUAGUGGUAGAAAAAUCUUGAGUGAAACUAUUGAAGCAACAAUGUUGCAACUCCUUGGAUCCCAAACAAAUCCAAAUGAGUUACCUCUAGCCGAAUUAGAAUUAGCAAUCCAGGAAAAUGUUGAUUUGUGCGUUGACAUUGUCGACAAGAUAGCAACAGGAAAUGUCAGCGAAUUAAUCGAUGAAAGAAUGAGAAAAUAUAUUACAAUUAGAGAACAAUAUAUUAAAGUUAAAGGAAGUGGCGAAGGAUAUGUUGAGGAAGGUGUUAGUGAGUACAGUUUAAAAUUGCCACCUCCAUUAGGAUUAAGUGCUGGUGGUUUAAACGCGCACCAAUUAGCAACUUAUGAAGCAUUUGGAAACAAUGGGUCUAGACAGAACCAACCUCAAGUACAACUUCAACAACCACAACAAAUUCAACAGCAAAUUGCCAACCAGCAAGUGCCAGGUCCAAUUGCUGGAGUACCUCAUCGCCAAGUCACACCUUUGAUUUCAGGUGGAGCUGUUCCUGAACCUCAUUCGGGUGAGGAACUUUCAAUUGAUCAACUUUUCACAAUCAUUACUCAAUACUGUGAUAAGUCAAUUCUGCUCUUAUCAACUAUAAAGCAAACUAAGUUGUCAGAGUUAGCACCAGAUCAUCCAAUCAUGAUUGCCCUUCAGCAAACUUUGGCAUUUGCUCAAGCAAAUGCCUUGAAGAACCCCGAGUUACUUUUACGUACCGCUCAAUACGCAGUAAAUUGUCUUUUCACACAAGGGCAUGAAAAUCCGAUUUCUAAUGAAAUUUACGUUGUGAUAUUGGAUAAAUUAUGUGAGUAUUCUCCUUCGACUGCAAAGGAUGUGACAUGGUGGCUAGUCUACUCAUCUGAUCAGAGAAAGUUCAACAUGAGUGUAAUUUACUCACUUUUGAAAGUUCAAUUAGUUUCUCCUAGUAGAUUAGAUUCAUCAAUCGGUAAGUUAAUCAAAGAGUCAGGAAACCCUGUUGUUAUUAAGUUUUCAGUUAAUCUUAUUUCAAAUGUUUUCGACUCUGAAUCAUAUAGACCAAUUGCUCUUAGAUCAGAAUUUGGUUUCACCUUGAACAGCUUGAGCCAAUAUGUUCCCUCCAAUGCUGAAGAUCCAGAACAAAAGGAGGCAAAAGAGGCAGUUGAUCAACUUUUUGAAAAGUUACAAGGUUCUAACUAUCCAAUUACCGCAUCUCAAGAUAAAACCAUAACCUUGUAUGAGCAAAUGGGUUAUAUUUAUGUUGAAUGGGUUAAGUUACUUACUCAUGGUGACGAUAGUGAAGAUUUACAAAACCAAUUUGUCGAAAGUUUGAAUCAGAACGAUAUUUUAACGAAUCCAGAAUAUUUUGAAGUUUUCUUUAAGGCUGCCACAGAAAUCUCGGUUACGUCUUUUGCAACAGAACACGAGAUUAGAACAAGAACACAAAGAGAAACUUAUCUUUCUGUAGAUACUUUGGCAUUCUUAGUUGUUAAAAUAUUAUUGUCAUUUGAUAAUGCUCAUGCUGCAGAAGCCAUCGAAUAUUUGAAGAGUAUUAUGGGUAUAAUGAUGUUGGUUCUUACAAAUGAUCACGAGGGCACCAAAGGCGAUGGUGCCAAUGCAGCUAGUGGUUGGAAUGAAAGAGCAUACUUUAGAAUCUUUUCGUCCCUUUUAUGUGCAUAUUCAGACUCAUCAAUCAAUGAUUCUGAUAAAACUAAACACCUUGAUGCAUUAUUCUAUCCAUUUAUUGGUGAAGUAUUCAAUUCUCUUCAACCAAUUGUUUUCCCUGGUUUCACCUUUGCAUGGAUUUCAUUAAUUUCCCAUAGAAUGUUUUUACCAAAACUUUUAGAAGAAAAAUCAGCUGAAGGUUAUGCUGUGGUUACCAAGCUUCUCACUGAUAUUUUAAAGUUUGAAAGCAUUUAUGGCCAGGAUAAUGAGUUUAUUCAACACGAUGUUGUCAAUGUAAUUUUCAAGGCCAUUACCAGGAUCUUUGUUGGAAUUGCCCAUGAUUACCCUGAAUAUCUUGUUGAUUGUCAUUAUCAAUUGGUCACAGCAGUCCCACCAGGAUAUAUUCAACUUAAGAAUAUUAUCCUUUCUGCUACUCCAUCAAAUAUUCAAUUGGUUGACCCUUUCACUCAGGGAUUGAAAGUCGAAAGAUUGCCAGAGAUCAACGAUUCUCCAGCGAUUGCAUAUAAACCAAUUGAUGAUUUAAUCAAAAUUGGUUUGAAGAAGCCAGUGGAGAAUUUCUUAAGAAUACCAGCUCCAAGUCUCAUGAAAAAUAUUUACAGUGGACUUAAGUUGAACCAUCCAAAGGAUGUUUCAGAUUUAGGAAUCUCCAAGGUGCACUACAAUGUGAAAUUGAUCAACGCGUUGGUUUUGCAUAUUGGAAUUAGUGCAGUUUCCGAUAGAUCAGUAAGGGGCAGAUUCAAUGCUAAAUCGUCACAAGUAGCACUCUUGGUUGAUUUGAUGAACUACGGAAGUCAAGAAUUUAAGUACCAUCUUAUCAAUGCAAUUGCCAAUCAAUUGCGCUAUCCAAACAGCCAUACUCAUUGGUUCAUCGGAAUAGUAUUGCAUUUCUUUUCAUCCACAAACAUUUGGUCCACAAGCGGUAAUAACAAGCAAGUUGUCCAAGAGAUCAUUACAAGGGUAUUAUUAGAGAGACAUAUGGUUAACAAGCCACAUCCAUGGGGCUUAACUAUUGUUUUCACAGAGUUGGUUAAGAAUGCAGAGUAUGGUUUCUUUGAAUUACCAUUUAUCAAGAAUGCUGCACCAGAACUCAAAAUUGUAUUUGAAGCAUUGUCGAGAAAUGUGAGAGGAUCCACAACGGAAGCAUAA